AUGGGAAGCGAAACUGAGAAGGAAUACGCUGCCUUUGAGGAGAAGGUGAAGCGAACAGUGUAUCUUGACAACCUCUCUCCCCAAGUUUCUGAAGAAGUACUCAGAAAGGCAUUUAAGCAAUUCCACGGUACUCUGACCAACAUUCAUUUCAUCCCAAGCUACACAGAGCCUAGCUACUACAGCGCUAAGUUUGCUCUUUUGGAGUUUGAGAACCAAGAUCAAGCGAAGGAAAUAAUUGAUUUGCUGUCUGACUUUCCAUUCAUGAUUCUAGGGAUGCCACGGCCAGUAAGGGCCUUUCCUGCAGAACCUCAGAUGUUUGAUGAUCGCCCAAGUAAGGCUGGUAGGAGGUUAGAACUCUAUUGGUUAGAUCCAAAGGAUUCUGAUUUUGAUGUGGCUCAGCAGCUGAAGAACCUGGCAGAGAAGCAUGUUGCUCAACAGUCCUUCCUACUCAAGAAGCAGCUAGAGGAGGAGGAGAAACUCUCGAAACAGCAAGCUGAGACUCUGAAUACCCAUUAUCAGAAGUUAGAGAUGAUAAAUUCUGCAUUAUCGAGUGGCUCCGCAAAGGAUCUUGCUAGGCUCUAUGGAGUAAAUAUGACUGAUGUUUCUGGAAUUUGAUAGAUUGUUAUCAACUCGACGCCUUUCCUAGAAUAACUCCAAUCACAUGUAAUUAGUGGAAUGCAUGCAAAUUACUUGAUUUACUGCAAGUGAUAGCUUUGAGGUUUUUUAUG